UUUUCGCCUCCCAGCAACUCAACUCUGAUCUCGCAUCAUCAUCACCUACAACCAACACAGAAAACACAAUAGUUACAUUACACCGAACUUCGACAUAUCAACCACCACAACUCACAUAUUCACAUAUUCACAAUGUUCGCUCGAGGAAUCCGUGCCGUCUCCCGAAGAGCUGCCAUCGCUGCUCCUCUUGCUCGCCCUACCAUUCUCCCUGCUACCCGACAGAUCGCCCCCGCCGUUGCCGUCAACUCCUCGCGCUCUUACCACGAGAAGGUCCUCGACCACUACUCGCGACCCCGAAAUGUUGGCUCCAUGAACAAGAAGGAUGCUGAUGUCGGUACCGGUCUUGUCGGUGCUCCCGCCUGUGGCGAUGUCAUGAAGCUUCAGAUUCGCGUCGACCCUGAAACCCAAAAGAUCUCCGAGGUCAAGUUCAAGACAUUCGGAUGUGGUUCCGCCAUUGCUUCCAGCAGUUAUCUUACCGAGCUUGUCCGUGGCAUGAGCCUCGAUGAUGCCGGCAAGGUCAAGAACACCGAGAUUGCCAAGGAGCUCUGCUUGCCUCCCGUUAAGCUUCACUGCUCCAUGUUGGCUGAGGAUGCCAUCAAGUCAGCCAUCUCCGACUACUACACCAAGAACCCCAACGCCAAGGUCAGCAACCUCAGCGGUACUGGCAUGAAGCUCCCCGAGGCCGAUGCUCCCGCUGCCGCCACUGCUUAAAUGUCAAGUUUGCGUCAUAAAAUCUUACCACACAUAAAAUAAAACCAACAAAAAUCACUCAUGGCCAUUACGCCAUGUCACAAACGAUUGGGAAAUUAGGAAAAUGAUACCCUCUUUGAGGCAGGAUGGAAGAAGAAGAAGCAUCUCGAAAUUAUCAACGGGAUGGCAUCUUUGGAGGUGAGACUGUCUAAUGAAUGGAACGCUACCGUCUAUUCACUCCUUUUCCUCAUCCUCGACAUUCAACGGGAACAAUUCUUUAGGAGUAUGGGGUUCUAUUUUGCUUUUCUUUUCUGCCUGAACCGUAGGGGUUUUUGAUUGGGCUUACUGGGGAUGGCAAGGCCUGUGUAGAAUGAGAUGAACUGUAACAAUUAGCUACAAAGCAUGAAUGCCAAACGUU